GAGACACUAGCAAGCAGCCGUCCGAGCGCAACUUGCGCCGCAAAAAAGACGCGCUAGCACGUUUUGCCGCGCGUGGCAUCGUUGCGGCAUCGCCCUCGACGCAACACCCAGCUGACGCCAUCGCUGCGCCACUAGAGACCCUCUGCAGCAACCAUGGCUGCGAUGGACAGCACAAGCACAGCCCUAAAACCGGGCCAAGCCGUGCGCAUCCGCAACCCGCCGGCCGGCGACACCUUCGCCAAGUUCCGGGACCGGGACGGCGUCAUCGAAUACGAGCUGCCGGGCGAGGACGACAGCUGGGUCGUCGCCGUGUUGAGGAGGAAAAACGAGCGCGCGUCGGGCCACGUCGUAAGAACGCCGGAGAACGACUUCGAGUUCAUACCCGUGCCGGGUAAGGAUCUCGAGGUGAUAACCACGGAAGUACGGGUCCCGAACUACCACCCCUCGGCCCGCGUCUGGGCGCCCGAAGACGACUCGGACCUAGCCGAGAAAGGCGUGCCCCUAUCAGAGAGACCAAAGGCCAAGAGAGUUGCCGUGAUCGUGCCGUUCCGCGACGCCCACAAGGAACAGAAGCGGUCGGAACAUUUAAGGAAAUUUAUCCCGCACAUGGCUCGGUUCCUAUCUGCAUCUUGCGACGACCAUCGCGUCUAUGUCAUCGAGCAGUCCGAUGACCAGAGGAAGUUCAACCGAGGACAACUGCUGAACGUAGGAGCAAUCCUAGCCGAAAGGGACCAGUGCGACUCGUUGAUUUUUCAUGAUGUCGAUUUACUCCCAUCAGACGACCUAGGCGCGGCCUACGCCGCGUUGCCAUUAGAAGACAAGCCCCUGCACAUCGCGCGCGUCUGGGACCGCUACAGUGGCAACAAAGACUAUUUCGGGGGCGUGUGUGCUUGGACCACAAAUGACUUCGCGAGGAUCAACGGCUUCCCGAACAACUACUGGGGCUGGGGCGGCGAGGACGACGAGAUGAUGCGGCGGUGCAAGAGUGUUUUUGGUCAACGCUUUACCAUGGAGGCACCCGCGUCGGGUUCUCUGGAAGAUUUGGAGGCCAUGUCUAUUGAUGAAAAAGUAGCUUUCUUAAGGCAGCACCGCGACUGGAAGUGUAAUGUGAGGUGGGAGCUCAGGGACGAACACAGUAAGACGUGGGCUUGCAACGGCUUGCGGCGAUCGUCCGGUGCUUUGCCCGUCGAGGUGCUGCAGACGGAGGCGCUCGGAGAGAAAGCUGCGAAGCAUACUGUCAGUUUACAACUCGCGGGCGACUGGACGGAUGCGAAGGCGGGGAUGGAUGCGGAUAAGGAUUCGUAGUGUAACGCGGCGAUGGCGUGGCGGUGGGGGACCUAUUGGCCGAGCCACCGGGCGACGCCUCCCCGCGCCUUUCCGUGGGAUUUCCUGCACCCAAGGUUGCGCCAAUGAAGCCAGUGUGACGCCAUCGAGCCGCCGCGACGCAACGCGCACGCCGCCGCCGCGAACAUAACGCUCCAACACCCUUACGCCC